AUGAUUGUUAUUGAUAAUACAGACGCCCUCAGAGAUUGGCUGGUGGAGGAGUUGGAGCCUAUUUGUGAUGCAGACCCAGGCGUUCUAGCGAAAUACAUUCUUGCCCUUGUUAAGCGAGACAAGGAUGAAGAUGUUUUGAAAACGAAAUGCCUUACUUCACUGGAUGUUUUCUUGGCGAAGGAAACUCCUGCGUUUGUUGACAAACUGAUUCACACUUUAGUUACUCAGGCUUAUAUUCAAGAGGAGUACGACCCGACUGAUUGGUCUGGAGUUACGUCAAAUGUAAAAGAAGAACCAGAAACAACACUUGAGAAGGACGAAACUAGCAAACAAGCCGAGACAACAGAGACGACCGAGCAAGAGAAUAAAGAAAUCGAAGCCAAUGAAUAUGAAGCAAAUGGCGAUGACAAAAGUACUCCCGAGAAUGAAAAAUCAGCGAAGAAGCGCGAUCACAGUUUAUCAAGUAUAAGUAGUGCAAGUGAACACGAUCGAAAAUCUAAAAGCAGAUCGAAGUCAAACUCAAAAGAGAAAACAUCAGUGAAAACAGCAAGAACUAAGAAAAAACCAGUUAGACGGCAAGUUGUUGAUGACAGACCGAAACGUAAAAGAAGAAAAGAUGAUAAAAUACUAAAAAAGAAGAGGAAAGAUAAGCCUAGAAAGUGUCCUGAUUAUGAAGAAAAAGGUUUCUGCAAGAAAGGUGAUUCAUGUCCAUUCGAUCAUGGGUCUGAUCCUUUCAAAGUUGACAAACUGCCGACUGAGCCGUUCAUUUCGCCCAUGUUUCCAAAUCCGUUCACGGCUUUUCCGCCUCCCCCUGGGAUGCCAUUUCCUUUCCCACCGCCUGGUUUGAUGAACAUGCCCCCUCCUCCUGGCUUUGAGAUGAUAGCGAAGUCGCUUCCCUUCCCCCUUCCAGGAGGCAACGGGUUUCCUCAUAUGCAGCAGAAUCAUCAGCAAAAUCAGAACGAUAACAGAGCACCGAAACGCCAAGCUAGCGAUAACAUUAUAUCUCUAACCCAAAACCAACCCAGAAUGUACAACAAUAAUAACCAGAAUAAACGCCCGAAGUUUACUCCAUGGAAUAAAGGCAAAGGUAGUCCUGAUAAUUCGACAUUAGAGCUCAGAAGAAUCCCCCUGGAACAAAAUACAGAAGAAAAGUUGAGAGAACACUUCGAGAAAUUUGGUGAAAUAGAAUCUAUAACAGUAGGAAUUAACAAUGAUCAGCAAGCUGCAAUUGUCAAGUUUACUACUCAUAAUUCCGCCAGAAAUGCUUGUUCAGCACCUGAACCAGUGUUCAACAAUCGGUUCAUUGCUGUGUUUUGGCACGCUGGAGGAAACGCUAGUUUGCCCACGAUGAUGAACUCUAGUAACGGAGGUCAAGUGGAAAGUCAAGGUCAAAAUGAUGGAGCGACCAAUGGAAAUGCAGAUCAAAACCAGAACUCGACAUUCCCGAAGAAACAUGCAGCUACAAGAGCCCAACGGCUUCUGCUGGCCAAGCAGAGUCAGAUGAUGGGACAGGCAGGGGGAGGAGGAGGGAUGCAGUCCCAGUUGGAAGCACAAGAGGCGCUGAAACAGCAGAAGAUAGACUCAUCACUCAAACAGAUACAAGCUCAAGAAGAAGCGCGGAAGAAGAAAGAAGACGAGCGAAAAUCAGCCAUCAAAUUGAAAACAAACCUAAUUGAACAGAAACGAGAACUGCUUUCAAAAUACGUCGACGAACAGAAAAAACUUCUCAGUAAAUUAGAAAAAGGAAAAACCACACUGAGUGCUAAUGAUAAGAAACUAAUUUUGACAACUCUGAAAUCCCUAGAAGAAUCUUGCGCGAAAUUGCGAGAUGAAAUAGAUACAUUACUAAACGCAGCUAAGCCAAAACCUGUAGUACCACCCAAACCGCCUCCAGCUGCUAAAUUACUAUCUUCAUCUCCGCUUAUGAAACACAAACGCGAGACUCAAAAAGAACUUUUAGAUGCUGAAUUGGAAUUAUUGACUGAUAAAAAUGCGGAGGAAAAGAUGCAACUUCAGAAAAGGUUAAUUGAGUUGAAGAAGGAAGCUGUGCAGUUGGGGGUUAUGGGAAAAGGACGGCCUUCUUUCCCGGGGUCUUCGGCGUUUUCCAGCGGAGCAUCGUCUUUAGCAGGAGGAGGUGGCGUUCCGUCAGGAAGCUCUCACCAAUUCAGUUCAUUUUUGAACUCCUCAUAUCCGCAAGUGAGGCACAAUGCCCCUUUCCUCUCCCAAGCUAUCCAGCAACAACAACAGCAGCAGAGUCUAGCCCAGAGUGGAGUAACCACAACAACAGCAGAUAACAGACCGAAGACUAUUAAGGUAUCCGGCUUCGAUCUGGACGAGAAAGAUGAAGUGAUCCUCCACUUCUCCAAACUGGGAAAAGUGGAGUCCAAAUGGGAAGAGAAUGGAGUGCUCUACUUCGAGUACAGAAACAGAAUAGACAGUCUAAAUGCAGCUCAGAAGGGCUUCAAGUUCAAGAAUAAGACACUCACUGUCCAUUGGCAUAGAGGCGCACAUAGAAACUCUUCGGCUAGUUUGGAUGACUCAACGAGUUCGACCUUGAACUCGAGUAACCCUUUGAACAGCAGUCUGAACGCCAACUCAAGUUACCUCAGCGGGUCAUCCCCAGGAGCGAUCACAAACACACACGAACUAGCUAGAGCGAGGAUGGAGAGCAGAGAUAACAGUUUUUCUGCUUUGAUGACAGAAGACGACGAAGAGGAGGCUGAACGGCUGUGGAGGAUGACUGCUAAUGUGUCUUAUUAGCCGAAUAGUGGCAAUUUUAGAAGACCACUGUGCAUUUAGCCGAAAAGUAUUCCAAGAAGCAGACUAUUGAGCAUUUAGCCUAAAAGAAUUUCAAGCAGCAGACCAUUACGCUAUAAGCCUAAAAGUAUUACAAGCAGCAUUUCAUUACGCAUUUAGCCGAAAAGUAUCCACGUGGAAGCGAAUUCUACAUUUCAAUGGAUUUUCAUGAGUUGAGCCGAAAAAAAAGUACAUUUGAUUUCGAUUUCAAAAAUCAGAUGAGAAUGUAACUUUUUUGGCAGAAAUUACAAAUUUAUUAAAGAGUUUACCAUGAAGAAACGAUAUCGAAUUACUAGCUGAAGAAAUCUUUCAAUUAUAGCUGAAAGAUUAAAUGAUAUUAACUUCAGAUGCUGGUGCUUCCGCGAAAGAAUACUUCGAAAUUCAUUUUUUCAACGAUCGUCAAGCGUCUUUUCCUAAUGAUCCGAAAAAACUUUUAGUGCUGAUCUUCGGCAACUGUAUCAGCAUUUCGCUUUUCAUGCUAUCUGGUUAAUUUGGGUUUGUUAGAAGAAUUUACACGCGAUUUGAGAUAAAUUAUGAAGAACUCUUAACUUGUCAAUUUUCUUUUAUUUGAGUUUCAUUUCGUUUAUGCUACUUGGUCACUUGUACACGUUCAUUGCUGUUGUUAUUGUUGUUAUUCUCUCAAAUAUAUCUCAAAACUCGCCUGGAAAAAGAUAACAAACUGGGUGAUGAAAAAAAUAGAACAAAAAAUAGAUUGUAUGGAUAUUAAUUAAUUCUAAUCGACA